AUGGCUAUGACACUGUUUGGGGAUCUCGGGCUGUCGCAAAGCCAUGAGGCCAUUUUUGGGGUGGCCUUGUACGCGGGCCAGCGCAGCUUCAGUCCACCCAGUCUGGCGGAACUGCGGCAGCUGGUGUUGCUGGCAGGUGCCAUCGCUUUUCUUCGAAUUCCUUGCCUUCCUCGAGAGCAACGCUUCCUGAAUGCUCUCAGGGGGUUGCUUGCUUUGGCCGUUGCGCCACUCUAUUUGCUGAUGAUGCGCUAUCAAAUGCUGUUCUUCCCGCACAUGGCGUUGUUGGGUGCCUCGUUGGUGACCGUCCUGCCGAAGUCCCUUCGUUUGGCCACGGUGCCACGGUCCGCCGAGAUUUCUGGGGUUGGCAAUGGUUAUGAGCCCAACCUUGGGUCUCUGACCAUGUCGUUGUCGACGCUGCGGCGGAGAGAAAAUUCGAGGGCCAGAGAGCUGACGCCUGAUGGACGAGCACCAGGUGAAGAUCAGGCUCAAGGCGCUCGGGCUCCUGGCCGUGGUGCCGGAGAGGGCAGAAGGUUGGAGAUCGGGGUCGCUGACAGGAGAUUGGAAGUCCUGUUGGAGGAGGAAAGGACUAGAGCGGCUUCGGUGCCAGUGGCUGGUGUCCGCCGACUCCGGUUGGAGGAUGGGCGAGACCAAACCCGGGCCUUGGAUGAUGGAGGCCGGGAGGCUGCUGGUCGUGGGGCGCAAGGUGGACCCAUCGGAACCUUGGAGGACGGAGCCAGAGCCAUGGGGCUUGGCCAGCGUCAAGGCGGACCGAUGGAGGCCUUGGAUGAUCCCAGAGCCAGAGCCAUGGGGCUUGGCCAACUUCAAGAUGCGGUCCGGCAGUCCUAUGAAGUUCUUCAACAAGCUUUGGGACGGACACAGCCGGGACCAGGGCUACUAGAUCCCCUUCUUCAAGGCAAUGAUCAAGGUGUUCAAAGGGGUGGUGUUCUCGACGACAGAGGGGAACGAUCGCUCUUGCAAAGUACUCCAGCUCGAGUUCAGGCGGGCCAUAGACCUGAAGUUGGACGUUCAGGAGGCUGUGAAAGCGCUGAUGGACUUCGUGCCGGAGGUCAAGUUGGGGGCAGAACUGACAUAGCCCCAAGAGUUUUGGAUCCAUACGGGACGCCUGGACAGAACCAAGGUCAACAGGUGAAUCCUUUUUGGAGUGACGCAGUUCGCAGGGGUGCCAUGGAACGCGCUCCUGGAGCUGGAGAUCAACGUGGUUCGCCGGCCGGACAGGUUGGUGUGAGUGGCUUGACUUCUGGACGUGAUAAGAAUCCAGUGGAAAGCCCCAAGGAUGAAGUUGAACGUUUGCGUGCUCGGAUCCUGCGGGAGGCUGAAGAGGCCUUUGGCAGGGAGGUGAAGAAGCUUGGAAUCUAUGAAAAGGGCGAUGGUGACUCCUAUCACACGGCAACGAGUGCGGGUGGUGGUGGAGGUCAGUCGCAGGUUCCUCGGCAGCCUCAAGCUGAUGGUCCAUCUUUGGAACCUCCUCCGGGAUUGAAUCAUGUGAAGAUAUCUGAUGGAGCAGGAGCUGAACGAAGUGCUCUCCUGAAGCUAUGGAGACGAUGGAUUUCCCGUGCAGAGGAGCUUCGUCUGACGAUACCAGAUUCCCUGGUACUCAUGCAGGCCCUCAAUAAGGUCUCUGAGGCGCUGAGCCGCAUGGGUGGGAACCAAGUGACGUAUCGGAUCUCAGCCGUUCGUCAGGAGCUGCAGGUCGACCAAAGACCGGGGUUGUCGGAGGUCAAGGAGUUUGCCGAAUUCCUCCAAGCGGAAGGUGAGGAGCUGGCAUUGAUGGCAUCGGCCUCGACCAAGGGUGUCGGAGUGGCCGCAACUUCGAGUGGCGGUGCCGGGGGCACGUCGCUCAAGGCAGUGGCGAUGUCUAGGGGGGCCAAUGGAGGGCAGGACGAGAAGUCAAGGGGUCCUUGCCGCUUUUGGGGCACCUCAAACGGCUGCCGACGUGGAGAUACUUGUAGUUAUACCCAUUUGUGGGAUGGUGUCGAGAAGAAGGAUCGAUGCUAUGUCUGCUCUGGUGUGGGACAUUUCUCCAAGGAUUGUCCAACCAAGAAAGCCAGGAAUACAAAGCAGCCAAGGGUGGCCAAGGUGAAGGGUGCUGAGAAGGAAAAAGACUCACUGGCCAAGGGAGAGCAGCUGAAGGCCGAGGAGCAGAGGCCGACUUCGGUCAGUGGGAGCCCAGCCAGGCCGAAGGUCGAGGAUCCGAUUCCCAAUGGGGAUGGAGGAGAAGCUGGCAGUCAAGAGCUGCAACCGCUGCAGGUUCAUCAAGCAUGGGCGGCGGUGGGCGCAGCGGAACUGGCGCGGGACUACGUGCUCAAGUCCCGGCACUUGGGCGUGGAGGAUCUGCUGCGGCACGGAGGCUUGUCCCGUGCCAAGCAGAAAUCGAAGACGCAUGCCAGGGCAUUGGCGUACCAUUUGGCAGCUUCAGUGCCUGAUGGGCCAUCGGGGGAUGCGGACGACUCCUGCCUUCCUGUUUUGCUGAGCUGGCAAGUUCUGAACAGCCCAACUUCGGCACAGAGAUCAACCUAUGAAAGUCGCUGCAUGCAAGCGCACCGGGAUGCUCCACACCUUUGUCCCAUCGCUCGUAGCAGCGGCGAAAGUCAUACCAAGAUUUUGGCAGCUGGCUCUGCUGUUCUCUUGCAAGAGCAAAGGGAGUGGCUGUUGGGCAAGAAUGCCAAGAGUGUUCGAAGCAUUGGCUUAGCUGAGGAUGGACGGGGCUCGUAUGAGCUCAUAAAGGCUCGGAUUGUGAUGCACGACUUCUCUGUUCGGACGAUUUUGAUCGAUCUGGCGCGCACCAAUGGCAAGAAGACAGCGUUGGACAAGUGCGCCAUGCUGGAGCAGAGCCUGGCACGUUUUGCUGGCGGUGACGAAGUGUUGAAGGUGAUCAAAGACAAGACCCAGGUCUUUGUCAGUGAUGGUGAAGGCGCUGAACCAUUGGGCGCUCGAUUUGCAAAGGAGAAAGGAACACUACCCUCUUUGAGGGCCGUUGUGAGAUGUGGCGUGCAUUCGGCGACCCGGGCCCUGGAGAAUAGUUUAGCCCAAGACCCCCGGAUUAACCAGUUGAUUGGCUUGCUGGUCAACAACUAUUCCAGUGGGGAUGGUAGCAAUGCUGGAGGCCUCGCCCGUGCAAUCCGAAACAGCCCGAAGCUGCAAGGGCAAUUGUCUGAUGUGAUGGGGAAACUCGUGAGUUGGGGAUUUGCACCUCAGAGAUUCGGAACGCUGUGUGACUGCGCAACAGCGAUCAUUCUCAAUGUCAAGCACCUUUUUGCUUUGCUCAUCAACAUGGAGUCAUCUUCAUGGUCGCAGAAGAUCCUCGAGGCCUUCAAGCCGAAGAGCCUAUUGCUUUUGGCUUUAACAGCCGAGCUGUCGGCCGCUGCCAUGCGCUUUGUGCGGCAGCUCGACAAGGGGGAGGAAUUUCCCAUAGCUCAAACAGGCCGUGCAGUGCAGCAGCUGGAAAAGGAGUUGGGCGACCUUUUCAAUUUCCAGAACAGCACGGACCCUGAUGGCUCUAUCCGCCAACCGCUGGUUCUCAAUGAGGAUUUUACUUCGGGUUUUGUGCAAAUCUUGAUCAAGAUGUUCGUGCGAUCUGCGAUCAGGUUUGACUUGCUUAGCACAGAGGCAAUCCACGAUGGAAAGAGAUUGCUGUGGUACAAAGCGGGAUGUGGCACAUCCGCUGGCCUCCGCAAGACGAUCGCCAAAGAGCUGGCUUCCAUUCAAAACGUGUGCCGCUUGUUCUUGCAGGCAGUGAGGGCUGAUACGGACACGCACAUCAGUGCAUCUCUCGGACCCUUUGAUGUGCGCUGGUGGAAGGCUAUCAAGUCUGAUGCCUCAUUGCCGGAGGUCUUCGAGCCUCUUUGUGGUGCUUUGGGCUUGCAGGCAAAAACUUUGGCGUCCGAAUACCUGAUUGCCCGGAAAGUUGCGGAUAUCCUUUGGGAGAACUUUGGCUUUCGGGGUCGGGGGUCCGAAGCAUUGAUGUGCUUUGGGGCCGGGUGUGCCAACACUGGAAUUCCAAGCUACCUGUUCUGUGUGCCGCAGAACAUGAUGAAGUGUCGCUUGGAUGGGCCAUCUCCUAGCGAUGUGGCGCAGCACAAGUGCGGUGUGGCUGGCGUGCAAGUGAUCCCCACACCUUUCUGUUGGAAAGUUCAAAAGGAAUACGCCGCCAUGUUCGCCUCUGUCAAGCAGAAAGGGUGCAAGACUUCAGAGCUUCCUCGGAGGGUCCUUCCUCGACCGCAGGAUGACAAACCUACCAUGGCCAAUCUGAAACGGAAAAGAGCGGAGCAGAUGACUGAGCUGUGCGACCAACAACCCACGACUUCUUCAAGCGACCCGGAUACCUAUGCUGAGUUGAGAGAUUUGCAGGAGACGGUCGUGAAGCACGCCCGCAAAAGGGCCACCGCAGAGCAAGAAAGCUUUGCCAAGAGGUUGACCAAGUACGCAGCGAAGCAGCAACAGAAAGUCCUUCAAGAUGGGCUAGUGGCAAACCCAGAUGCGGCGCGUAAGUUAAGGGAUCACAUGGCCGCUGCUGAGCAGUCGAAACUACGCAGCCUGGAGACAAGAUCCUUGGCGCUUGCCCUUGAACAACCUCCUUUGUCAUUUGGAACCUUGAUCAUUGCCACGACCUCGAAGCACCAAGAUGAGUUCAAUGCCCUUGGGGCUGACUUUCGGGUUUGGCCUAGACAUGGGCCGGAUUGCAGCAAACUGUGCGGUGAAGUACUACGAUCCUCUUUAAAGGCUGUUUGGCUCUGCUCUUCGGAGGAGGAAGAGAUGGGUAUGAUUUUCCACCCGGGAGAUGCUACCACGUUCACCGCCAGUGCGGUGCUGGUUGGAGGAUAUGUGCAUUUCCACGAGAGCCUCAAUGCAGAAGCUGCUGCGCCAUCUGCAGCUGCAAAAGCGCUCUCAAUAGCAGUGUCUGCUGCCAAGCCUGAUCUAGGUGGCUUUGCUUGGAACAUUUUGGCAAAAUGGAAGGACAUGAGGCACAAGACUGGGAACAUUGUGGCCAGCAAGGAGUUUGUGGAGCAGAACCGAAAAGAAAUCCAGAAGCACAUGGGCGUAGUGGCUACUGCUUCCAAGUUGGUGGCCGAAUGCGUUCAGUGGCAUUAG